AUGAAAUUUACCAGAGUAUUGAGAACUGCCGAGGAAGUGUUGGUCAAGGCAGCAUCUGGAUAUCCCACCGGUUUGGCCGGUUUGUACCAGCACCCCAAUCCUCGUCCAGCAUUGAUUGCCCUUUACAACCAUACAUUGAAGGUUUUGGACCAGAAGUACCCAAAGGAGUCGAUCUACAAACAGUCUGUUGAGGCUUUAACAAAAAACAGAUUGAAGAUUGUCGAAGAAAACGAAAUUGUCGAAAACAUAGAAAACAAGAUUGGAGGUGGUUUGAUUGAAGAAAUCGUUAUACAGGCACAUGAAGAGUUGACUUUGGCUCAGGAACUUGCUGAGUUGAAAGUAUGGGAGGAAUUGGAAGAAAAACCUUUGGAAGACCAAUGGGUGUACUUUGGCAAGAAGGUCUAG